CGUGCCGAUGGCUGCCCAGGGCGGCUGAGCUCCCUGCAGGGCGGCGCGGGUGCGGGUUCCGGCCGCGGGCCGGACUGUCGGGGCCCCGGGGAAAACAUGGUGGCGCACGAUGAGGUCGGGGGUCUCCUGCCUAUUAAGAGGACCAUACGGGUCCUGGAUGUUAACAGUCAGUCCUUCAGGGAGCAAGAGGAGCCAAGCAAUAAAAGAGUUCGACCUCUAGCUCGGGUCACGUCCUUGGCAAAUUUAAUCUCUCCUGUAAGAAAUGGAGCCGUCAGACGCUUUGGUCAAACCAUACAGUCGUUUACCCUUCGUGGUGACAGCAGAUCCCCAGCUUCUGCUCAGAAGUUUUCGAGCAGAUCAACAGUCCCCACACCUGCCAAGAGGAGAAGCAGUGCCCUGUGGUCAGAGAUGUUAGACGUCAGCACGAAGGAGUCUCUCACUACCAAAGAGAUCAAGCGUCAGGAGGCAAUAUAUGAGAUGUCCCGAGGUGAACAGGAUUUAAUCGAGGAUCUCAAGCUGGCAAGAAAGGCCUACCAUGACCCCAUGUUAAAGUUGUCCAUUAUGUCAGAGGAGGAACUCACGCACAUAUUUGGUGAUCUGGACGCUUACAUACCUCUGCACGAAGAUCUGUUGGCAAGAAUAGGAGAAGCAACCAGGCCUGGCGGAGCCGUGGAGCAGAUCGGCCACAUUCUUGUGAACUGGUUGCCAGGCUUGAAUGCCUACAAAGGCUACUGCAGUAACCAGCUGGCAGCCAAAGCUCUUCUCGAUCAAAAGAAGCAGGAUCCGAGAGUCCAGGACUUCCUCCAGCGAUGUCUUGAGUCUCCCUUCAGUCGAAAACUAGAUCUUUGGAGCUUCCUAGAUAUUCCUCGAAGCCGCCUCGUCAAAUACCCUUUACUGCUGAAGGAGAUUCUUAGACACACUCCGAAAGACCACCCCGACGUUCAGCUUCUGGAGGAGGCUAUACUGAUAAUACAAGGCGUUCUCUCUGACAUCAACUUGAAGAAGGGGGAGUCGGAGUGCCAGUACUACGUCGACAAGCUGGAGUACCUGGACGAGAAGCAGAGGGACCCCAGGAUUGAAGCCAGCAAGGUGCUGCUGUGCCACGGGGAGCUAAGGAGCAAACACGGGCACAAACUGCACCUUUUCCUGUUCCAAGACAUCUUGGUCUUGACUCGACCUGUUACCCGGAGUGAGCGUCACUCGUACCAGGUUUACCGGCAGCCGAUCCCGGUCCAGGACCUGGUCUUGGAAGACCUGCAGGACGGGGACGCGAGGAUGGGCGGGUCCUUCCGAGGGGCUUUCAGCACCUCCGACAAAGCUAAAAAUAUCUUUCGAGUUCGCUUCCAAGACCCCUCUCCAGGCCAGUCGCACACUCUCCAAGCCAAUGACGUCUUCCACAAGCAGCAGUGGUUCAACUGCAUCCGAACCGCCAUCGCCCCUUUCCGGCAGGCCCCCGGCCCGGCCGCGCCGCAGGGCGCGCCAAUCAGUAUCGGGGUGAGGGAGCUGAUCACUUCUGUCUGUAAGCGCUCCCACUUCGGACUCCUUGGUCAGCGCUCGGUCAUCUCUGCCCCGGCCGCCAGCCGGUAUGUAAUGGUGGGAGGGGACUUGGGCAUCUGGACUCACUCUGUGGUGGACACCAGUGUCACCAAGUCGCCCUUGCCUCUAUGA